GGGCUUCUACAGUAACGGGUUCUUAAGGGACAAAAUGGUAUUAUUCAUUUCUUCCCGCUUAUUUUUAUAAGCAGUUUUGUCUUUCAUUUUCGUUGAGAAACCAAAAUUCAUGGCGCCAAGAAAGACUCCGUCGCUUCCUUCUCCGUCUCCGAUACUAAUCGGUAAUUGUGAGGUUACUGUAGAAUCUAAUAAGUUCACCAUGUCGAAUCCGCAUCCAAACACCCUCCACAUUUCCACAACAAAAACUGCGAAAAUUAUAAUUUCAGUGAGGAACGAGCUUAAUGGAAGGUGCUCUCACGAUAUUGAGCAAUUAAAAGCCGAUGAAGAGAUGUUAGAAGUAGGGAGAACUUCCACGUUUCCGGAGCGAUCUAUGUUUAUCCUUGUAAAUUCUAAAUAUUCUGAUGGCUGUAGUAUGCGGUAUCUUCAGGACAUUCUAAAAAUAUACACAAGAGAACUACCUACAAUGAGUUAUGCUGCAAAUACUGGGAAGCAAUCAAUGUUUUUAGAGAGAUGUGUCUCGAAUGGGAAAUACUGCUCACUGCUAUUGAAAUCCAAGUCUGCAGAAGCACCUGAAGCGGUUAUAGCUGCAAUCACAUAUCGAAUAGUCCCUGCUGAUACACAGUACGCCGAGAUUCCUCUAGCUGCUGUCAAUUCAGUCCAUCAACGCAAGGGUUUUGGUUCGUUCUUGUACAAGGAAUUGAGGAAGAGACUCUGGAGUGUCGGUGUUCGUGCUAUAUAUUGUUGGGGAGAUGAGGAAUCUGAGGCUUUUUGGCAUAAAAUGGGCUUCAAUUCGGUAGCUGAGGUGGACAAAAAAGGUAAAGCUCGCAGACUGCCAAUGAAAGCUGACGUCCGCAAAGCCUUAUGCUUCCCUGGUGGAUCAAUUCUAAUGCUUUCUCGUCUUGAUGAAGGCAUAGAGGAUAUAUUAACCAAUGAUUCACAAUCAGGGAAGCUCCAUUUUCCACUAAAGCUUCAACAUAGGUUCUCAUCUGCUGUUGAUAUAUCUGUUCAGCCUGGGGAAAAUUUUAAUAAACCGAAUACAGAAGAUAAAAUGAAUCCUAGAGUGGAAAGUUCUCACUCAAAAGGACAAAUAAGGGAUGAAGCAGGAUUGUGUUGGGAUGGAAAUUGUGUCAAACCACGUCCUUUUGGGGAUUUGGAGAGCAGCAAGAAGUCAAGUGGAGGACUAGAAAAGAUUGGAGCUGACAUUGACGCCAAAUGUUGUUCAUGCUAUACACAAAGUAAAAGGAAGAGGACUUGGGAAGCCUCAUUGUCAUCACUGAAAUCCAAAAAAGUAAAGGGAAGCCAUCAAACUGACUGCAAUACACAAAAUAUUGUAGGUUUUGAUUCAGGAAGUAACAGAGUGGAUUCUUGCUUAAAUAGAUGCUCGUUGGCCAUUGCAAAGAGUAACUCUUUUAUCGAGGUUGCUGCUACAGAUUCUUUGACUAGUAUUUGUUUAGAAAAUAAUGCUGAAGAAGGUCGAUCUGCUCAUGUUGAAUCAGAAAUCAUGGUCAGCAAAGGGCUUCAAUCCAACAGGGGCAGCAUCAGGGUCAUGCUGAUGAACAUUGCUGAUGAUGCUAAGAGAAUUCAUCUCACAAAGGUAAUUGAAAACCUUGGUGGCGCAGUCACCCCUGAUGGAAGUGCAAGCACACAUAUUGUCACAGGAAAAGUCAGGACAACUUUGAAUUUCUGCACUGCUCUCUGUUCAGGUGCUUGGAUUGUCUCAUCCAGUUGGUUAAAAGAAAGCUUUCGGCAAGGAAAAUUUGUAGAUGAGUCCGCUCAUAUGUUGCAAGAUGAAGACUAUACGCUAAAGUACAGAACAGAGUUAAGAGAUGCAGUUCUUAGAGCAAAAGCUAGACCAAAUGCUCUACUUAAAGGAUAUGAUGUAUGCAUAGCUGUUCAUGUCGAGCCUCCACUUCAAACUGUACGCGCCAUUGUGAAGUCUGCUGGUGGGAAUAUUAUUUGUGGACUGAAGAAAAUAAAUGAAGCAUCAAGUACAAUAUACAUUGCUUGUGAAGAAGACAUGGAAGAAGCACUAUCAGCUGCAAAGAAAGGAUUACUGAGUUUCUGCAGUGAAUGGUUGAUGAAUUGCAUAAUGAGACAAGACCUGGAUCUGCAGGCUCUUCAGUUUGCCCAGUCUCUUUGACCAUUAUUUUUAACUUCACUUUUGGUGACAAUAUAAACGAGUUUUUCUAUCGAUUGGUGGGAAAAAAACUCCAGGCUUUAAUAUUUUUUUUUUUUAGUAAAGAUAGACCUAUUCUAAUUAUUAGCGGAGAUUAGCGGGGUUAAUUAUGUUAGUAAACAGCCCACUGGCCGGCAGAGGGAGAAUCCCUGUCCUCUAAGAAGUGCAAUUGUGAGUGUGCCAACCGGGCCACACCUCACAUGCAGGCUUUAAUAUUUAUACUUGUACAUUCUGUUCCAAUUUGGAUAUUUUCAAUAUUAUAGUAA